AUGCUGCUCCCCGUGCCGGCCAACUCCCAAGAGGACAACAGGCGGCACUGUGCCCCCACCUCUCCCUCCGUGCACGCGCCCGCCCCAUCCACGAGCAAGCUCUUGCUGCGAGGCGGGGGAGGUUGUUGGCGGCUGCGUGGGAGGUGCACCGAGCUGGCUCCUGAUAGGGUUCGGCCAGCACUCCAGAAAACACUCAAGGACUUGCAGCUGGAUUACCUGGAUCUCUACCUUAUCCACUGGCCCUUCAGGCUGAAAGACGGGGCGCACAUGCCACCGGAAGCCGGGGAGGUGCUGGAGUUCGACAUGGAAGAGGUGUGGAGGGAGAUGGAAGGCCUUGUGAAAGACGGGCUCGUCAAGGAUAUAGGUGUCUGCUUUACCACGGUCACCAAGCUCAACCGCCUGAUGCGGUCAGCGAAUGUUCCACCGGCAGUGUGCCAGAUGGAAAUGCACCCUGGGUGGAAGAACGACAGGAUCUUUGAGGCCUGCAAAAAGCAUGGGAUCCAUGUUACUGCUUACUCUCCGCUGGGUUCGUCAGAGAAGAACCUAGCACACGACCCGCUCGUCGAAAAGGUAGCCAACAAAAUGGACAAGACCCCGGGGCAGGUGCUCGUCAGGUGGGCGCUCCAUAGGGGGACAAGCGUCAUCCCUAAAUCGACCAGGGACGAAAGGAUCAAAGAGAACAUCCAGGUGUUCGGGUGGGAGAUCCCUGAGGACGACUUCAGGGCGCUGUGCGGCAUCAAAGAUGAGCUGACAAGUCCAAGGUGGUCCGUCUUCGGCGGAUUCACCGACAAGCGCUUCCUCGCUGAUGUUUCCGUCUACGACGUAGAGAAUAAGCUAUGGUACACACCUGAGUGCACUGGUAAUGGGUCGAAUGGGCAGGCCGGCCCAAGCCCAAGGGCUUUUCACAUAGCUGUUGUCAUUGACUGCAACAUGUUCAUCUUUGGUGGCCGAUCUGGGGCAAGCGGUAUGCAGUCCACCAGAUCUGUUGGUCAAUCGAGCGUCAGGAUUGACAAAUUGCUGGACAUGACCAGCGUUUCGCGCCUGUUCCCGAUCACCGACCGGCUGGGGUUGCUCGCCACGGGGAUCGCAGAAGUUGGUCUAAAUUCUAAUGAUCUGUUUGGUUUUACUGAUUGA